AUGGACAUCCAGCGAGUCAAAGAGCCUCUUGAGCAACCAAAUCAAGAUGUUGAAGCUGUUUUACGUGCUUGGCUAACUAAUAAUAACACUAAAAAUUGUUCCUUAGGAACAGAUGUAAAUUCGCUUGAUACAAUAGAUGGUCAAACCAAUCGAAAUGAACCUAUUGUUUCUAAUGCCUCUACAAAAAAAGCUAAUACUGUUGAUAAUGUUUUUGCUGUUGUAUCUAUUAUUAUAUUCUUGAUUGAUAUUAUUACAGAUGUUUUAGCUGCUAACCAAUAUUUUGAAACUAAGAAAUGGAUAUGGUUUGGGUUAAGUUUAACUUUUAUUAUUGUUCCAUCUGUACUAAUGCAGUUAUUUUCUACUCAAUGGCAUCAGGAAGAUAAUGACAAUCAAGGAUGUAUUUUAAUUAUGGUACAUUUAUUGCAAUUGGCACCAAUUGAAAGAAAGGCUUUGUUAAAUAAAGAUUUAAAUGAUAAUGAUUUCAAACUAUAUUUAACUAACUGGCGAGAUGCAACAAUGUUGCGGCUUGUAGAAGCAUUUCUUGAGUCUGCACCUCAAGUGGUGUUGCAGUUAUAUGUUUUAUCACAAUUAAAUAGAGCUAUAGAUUUAAAUAAGGAUUUGAUUACUGUCCUUGCUGCAGCAGCAUCUUUAAUAUCAUUGGCAUGGUCAAUUGUUUCUUAUACCCAAGCUUUGCGUUUGUGUGGACAUGAGAAUGGACCUUCACUGUCUGGAUUUCAAGUAAUUUAUAGACUUAGUAUAAUUGCUUCCAGAAUAGUUGCAAUGGUUUUAUUUGCAUCUGAGUACACAUGGGCAUUGUUUGUGGUAAUGUUUGUGCUUUGGCUUUGCAUGUUCAUAUGGCUUCACUUUCAAAACAUCAAGUUUUGUAAAAGUUCAAACAACAUAAAACGAAUUUUUUAUGAGUACACUUUUAUAAGCGUUUUGGCUUUUGUUUAUGUUUUUUGUUUUAUAAACGCGAAAAAAGGAAUGACAAGACAACGUGCUGCAUUAUAUUAUAUAAUUUUUUUUGUUGAAAAUUCACUAAUGAUUGCAGCGUGGUAUCCUUCACGUAAAACAACUUUUGGUAUUUUGGAGUAUGGAAGUUUAAGCAUCGUUUGGGGUGCGUUUAUUCUAGGAUUAGUAAGUAUGUUACUAUAUUACAAAUUUUUCCAUUCUAAUGUGGAUGUCACAGCUGAUUGGUUUUGUUGA